AAUUGACCUAGUAACCGAGUCCUGAAGUUAGUAGUGUGGUCUUGAAAGACUUCUGCAUUGCUUGCUACUUGCAUCUGGACCACGAUGCUUUCCAUACUACCUCUUCUGCUUUUGGGCGGCCUCCUCCCCGGGGUCAACGGCCAGAACUCCGACAAGGAGGUGCUGGCGCACUUUGCAACCACGGGAAACUGCUUCAUUUAUGUUGACGGAGGAGACAUUGAAAAGGGCUCCUCUUCAUGCAAGACAUACUGUCCUGAGCAUGAGGGCAAUGAGGGGAUGGGUUGCCACACUCCCGUGCUCGACUUCGAUUCGAUAGACCAGUCGCUUAUCAACAGGGACGACGACGGUAACCGGUGGCUUGCAGGAGACUGCGUUUGCGGAAACCCCCAGGACUAUCUUCCUCUUAUCGAGCCGGUGAUUGAAGGGCUUUCGCGCUUGGACAACAUUAUCUGCGCUGUUUUCUUGUCGAGUCUCGAGACGGUCUUCGAAAUUGGUAUCAAUGCUGUGCCUGGCGGCCAGGCCAUCAAUGGCGUCCGAAGGGCUGUCGAGGGCGCCAAAACAUUUGUUGAUAACUCAUUGGACGCGGCUUCGUUCUUUGACAACUGGAUCGGCGAUGCCUGUGACGUUCCGGAUUGGAACUUUGAUAUUAUGGAUGGGAUCUUCGGCAAAUUGAACGAUGCCACGGAUGACAUGGGAACCAGCAAGGGAUGCUUCCAGAAGAAGAAGAGUCUUUGCAAGGAUAGACGCAGCAAUCCCAAGAAGGACGAUGACAAGAAGGAUGACGACAAGAAGGCCGACGAUAAGAAGGAUGAUGACAAGUGCAAGCGUGAUGGCAAGGAUUGCAAGAACAGCACCACGAAGAAGGAUGACAGCACUACCACCAGUACUUCUACCACGAGCACGUCAACCACCACCAGCACCACCUCCAAGAAGACCCGUCGCCCCAAGACCAGAACUACGCCGUCUUUCCCAGCGGUUCCCACCUCUACACCGGCGAUAUUCAAUCCCACGCCGGUUGCAGAGGCUAUUCCUAGCUCGUCUGCUCCGGUCAUUCCCUCUCCGUUCUAG